GUGGGCGGUGCGCGGCCCCAGGCUGGGUGCCUGGGGGAGACCCGGCUGCGGCGCCCGUGCAGAGGCGGACGCGUGGUCUCCGGCGCCGCGCGUCCCGCGCGCCCCAGGCCCCGCUCCAGCCCCCGCGGCGGACCCCGUGGCCCUGUUACUUAUCACCGUCUGAGCAGAGUGCUCUGGCAGAAAGACAGGCCCGGCCACUCCUAGAAGGGGGCAGUAGGCGUGUAGCUUGUUUUUUCCCGGUGUAAGGUUUAUAGUUGUGAGGUUGCUGGGGUCGGGCGAAGCCUUCGCCGGCUUCCUCUUUCGGGACUAUUAGUGGAGGGGACCUCACACAGCGCCGAACUUUCUCUUGUGGCUGCAGAUAGUUUUCCGCCGCCUGACCCUUACUCCCAUCCCCAUCCCCCUCCCAGUGUCUCCAGCUUUCUGGCUGCCAGGUGAAGGGACUCCGAAGCCCCAGGGCCAGGCAUCCCUUCCGAAAUGCUCUUUAAAAACCAAAAGGCUGCCAGCCAGGAAGGGAAAAUAUUUCAGUGAACCACUCAGGGACGGCACAUUGCCUUUUGCAUCCUCUGCCUGGUGUGAAAAGCCCCUCGCCCCCCUUUCAAAACUGGAAAAGCCCCAGAUCCUGGCAGAUCCUGGACCCUGGUCUUUGAGAUCUAAAUCCGUUUGGGAAUCCCAUUUUCUUGUUACUCUUUUGGAUAUGACCCAGGGCCCUUCCCUUUUACAAACCAGUUCUACCUCGAAGAGGCUGCUGAGUGAAGCUGGUCUGAGCCUGGUGUAGUUACAGGUCCAGGUUGGCUGUGAAAAACGCCUCGGCAGCCACAGAUGGAAUUGCCGCCAUUCAUCUCUUUAUUAAUAACAUAAUAGGCUGUGCUUUUGAGUCCUCCUUCCAGCCUACGUGCCUAAGUGGCUUUCAUUGUUUGCUAAUUCCCUGUGCAGGCUGCUGCUCCAGGCCAUUCAGCCCUCAUAUUUUCCACUUGUGGGUAACCAUGGAGUGGUUACUCGGAGUCUCUUCUCUGCUCUCUCGCAGUGGAUGGAAAGGCUUUUGUUCAGAUGCCAUCCUCUUACUCCAUAAUUUUCAAAGAUGCAUCCAUUUCAGGCUCUGGCUUUCAGUGGGCGAGGAUCUGACCUCUUAACCUGAUGCCAUCAUCCUAGAAGUUGUCACCUUACUGGGAAUGGCUCCCACCUCCUGCGGUGCUCAAAGGGAAACAAAGAAGAGGGUGUGGGGGUGAACUUUUUACCUGAGAGCAAGACCUGGGGAAGAACUUCCAGGUAGAGGCUUCUGGCAAAAUUGCCCACCAAAGAAAGUACUGCCUGGGAGAAAGCUGGUUUUGUAUUUUUAACUUCCGGAACCCCCGGGAUGAAGAAGAGAAAGAAAGUGGAAAAUUCCAUCCGAUGGAGGGGGUACACGCCUCAGUGGGAGGCAGUGACCAGCGGAGCCCAUGGAAGGGUGGGGUCAGGCUGCUGGAGCCCCUGAGCUCAGUUCUCCAUGCUGCCUCUUGGCCAGGGAUAGCAGCACUGCCAAAGGGAACUGGUCCAGAGGAGAGGGGAUGGCAUGGCGAAGGGCGUCUGCAGGGCGCAUCUUGUGAGGGAGAAGGGAGAGAACCGGUGAUUUUACCUCCAGGAGGAGAAGCUGAGGGGGAUGAGGCUGUGGCCUUCAGGACUCUCUAGCACUGUCACUUGAGGAAAGGGGAAGACUUCCUCUGUCUGACCUCAAAGACUCACUGAGUAGGAGAGGCAGGGAGAUAGAUCUUAUAAGAAGUAAGGAGUAACCUGCCAGCAACUGGAAGUUCUCAGUGUCAGCAGAGACAAGUGGCCGUCAGCAAUUAUGAAGGAGACAGUUGCUUCAGAAUCCAAAACUGUGGGAGGAUCAGUAGGGAUGAAGUAGUAGGGGACGCCGCGGGACUUCAACCGAGAAGCGUCCCAAGGGAGGGGCGAGUGCUCCAAGAGUGCUGGGCAGCUGAGGAGUGGGACCUUAAUGGCUGAGACCAGUCUAUCCCAGACCCCCCUCUAAUCCGGUCUUGUUCUGGAGGGAGAUCUAUCUGGGAAUGCCAGCGAUCGACAAUAACUGCCAGGGCUGUUGCUAGCCUAUUCCAUCCCUUGUGUGAAUUAGAGUAAGAUACACCUCUCAGCAAGGGGGUGGCACCUUGGUGACAUUUAGGAUGCCACCUUGGGGCCUCGUCUUGAUGGGCAUGGCCAAGGCUCAUAGCUGGGCAAUUGGCAUGUGAACUGGAUUCAUCCUCACCGCACCCCGGCCAGGUUCUUGAGCAGUACACCACCUGUGCAACCAUACCCAGCAGUCCUGAUAACCAACAAUUAUUGAGGGCUUAGCAUUUAUUUGUCAAGCUUUUUUUUUUUUUUCCAAAACCAUUUUCUUUGCAUUAAUUCAUUUAAUCUUCAUAGUAGUCCUAUGUGGAGGUAUUGUUAUCCUCAUAUAGAUGAGGAAACAAAGGCACAGAGAAGUAAAGUGUUCAGGAGCCUGGAAGCUGAGCCCCAGUCUUUGAACAUUCACAGAGCAAGAAGCAGUUUAAGCUUAAAAAGCUAGUUUGGUUGGGGGUCCUUGUGGGAAGGAGGAAAGAGCAGUUGCUUUUUUCUUUGUCAAAGGAAGAAAUACCCAUUCAGCUCACAUGGAGGAAAAAUGGAAAACUCAUCUGAUGGCAGAAAGGCGAGGAAAAAAAGAGCAAGCUCAGUCUUGAUGGCUGACAGGAGGCCUGGCCCCAGCAUCAAAUGACUUUCCUUCUUAAUCACUGGGCAUUGUGAGGUGGCAAAUCCAGUUUGGGACCCGAUGGGAGGGUGAUGAGUAAGUGCCACCUGGGUGUGGUGCAGAGGGAGAAGGCCACAGCUACCCGGGGCCCCUGACCUAGGCAGAGACUGCCCCCAGGAGUGGCCAGAGGUGGCAAGUGUCCAAACAUGCUGAUCCAGCCCUCCCCACCCCACCCCCAAUUCCCAACUCUUCCCUCUUUCCUUCUUGUCCAGGUCCUACUCGCCUGCAAAUGCCCUUCCCAAACUUGUUCAGGAAAUCUUUCCCAGAACUCCAUUUCACAGCUCCAUAUAUGUGAUCCUUUAUUUUCCACAGGAUACAUGUUAGCACUUACUUAGCUGGAAUGGAGCAUUUUACUACAUACUGUCUCUAGACAGUAUUUUAAACAAACGAGCUUCUUGGCCCAUGAGGAUGCCUCCAACUCUGUUGGGAAGGACCAGCCGGUGCCUUCACAGAUUUGCCAUAAAGGGUGGUGUUUACCUGGAUCUUGUCACUUGGCCCAAGGUCUAGCUCUUAGCUGUGCCCGUGCAGAAACCCCAUCUCCACAGUUUUCAGAGUGGUUUGGACCUGGACUACUGUGUCACCUCCAGAGGCUCCCAGGAGUGGGUGUACAAAUUAGAAUGCUACUUUAUUAAUUUGGAAGACGUGUGACCAUCAUGCAGACUAGAUGGUCUCUGGUCCCUGCGUCCCGGGUGAGCCACAUGGGAAACCAAAGAUCCGGGCAGCUCGUGCUUGGCAAAGCAGGGCAGGGAGAGCCACAUGGGAAACCAAAGAUCCGGGCAGCUCGUGCUUGGCAAAGCAGGGCAGUCCAAUAGCAUGGGCCCCUCUUCACUCCUGUGGCCCUCUCAGCAGUGGAGAGAUACCUGCCUGGUAGAGCAGUACUCCAGUCAGCUUGGCUGUGUAGGUCUCCUUGGCCAGUGCCUCGGGGACAGUGUUUACCUGAUAGCAUUUCUCCAUUCCCUCUUGCAUAAUUUAGCUACUUUUAUUUUAGUUACUUAAUUUGUUUAGUGCUUUAUAAGCAUUAGCUCCCAGCUACAUAGUUUCAUUUGCAUAAGCUAACCACUGUACAUUUCAGGGUUGGAAGGCCAGGCCAUGGAUGUGAAUGCUAGAUGUAAAUUAAGACGAUUUGGUCCGGCGGCCAGGUUGGGUUAACAGGAAGCCAAGCACAGAGCAAAGAAACAUGGUCCUGAUCAGCGCAGAUGCUCGGGGAAGUGAAAGGCCCCAGACUGGCCACUUAGAGCAUCCCCUGCAUGCGCACGGGCGUGAAGCAGUACUAAGGCACCUUGCCUUGGCUGGCUCAGGUCAGCUUGGCCUGCCCAAAUGGCCUCUUUGGAUUUAAAGGGCUCUCUGUAAUCUCUGUCCAGGCCCCCUCGUGGCUCAUCUUUAGUAAGCCACAGUCUCCAGGGUGCCCCGGCACCAAGGAGGUGUGACCCUCCUGAGCCUUCGUAGGGUGGACUAGGGUUGAGUCCUGGCUCCCCUGCUCAGUGUAUGGACGUUCUCUGUAUUGGGGCAAGUGUUUUGACUAUUUCAAGCCUCAGUUUCAUCAUUGGUAAGAUGGGGACAACCACUCAUAGGACACGCAUAGAAAGCACUCAACACUGUGCCUGGCACAGACUUUUAGUUUGGCUAGUAUGAGCUCUUAAAGACAGUAGAGGUUGUUCGAGGAUCCACAUUCCCUGCCGAAUUGGGCCCUCAGCUUCCCCAUUAGUGCCACUGAUGUCUGGCUGAAGGACAAGGCUGUGGGGACCCAGACUGUCCCAGAUGCAUAGAAGGAAGGAGCUCAUUGGUGCCCUAGCUGUGGUUUGUUCAGAGCUGAGGACAAAGCUUCUAGUCCUGACCUUUUAUCCAGCUCUGGGAGAGGGAGAAUCAGAUUUGAGUCUUGGCCUGAAUAGGCAUCCAGAUGGGAGAGAAGGGUUAGGUUUUCUGGGAGAGGACAAGGGUCAUUUGGGAGUGCCCAAGAGGUCUGUAGGGUCCUCCUCAGCAGUUUGGGACCUGUGACAUUUUCCCAAAGAAAGUGUAUUCCCCCUCCAUCCAUCCAGGUGGCCCACCCCUUGACAUCAGCAGAAUGGAAGUAACUGGUAGGUGACAUCACUGUUGCCCAUGGCAACACCUCCACCUUAAGGUAGAGAGAGGAAUAAGAGCCAUCCUAACUGUAAGACACAUGUUGAAAGGAGGGAGCAUAGAAGGUGUGACCUCCACAGGAAAGUUGCAGCCAUGGCUCUGGGGCUCUUCCGGGUGUGUCUGGUGGUGGUGACAGCCAUCAUCAACCACCCGCUGCUGUUCCCGCGGGAGAACGCCACGGUCCCCGAGAACGAGGAGGAGAUCAUCCGCAAGAUGCAGGCGCACCAGGAGAAGCUGCAGCUCGAGCAGCUGCGGCUGGAGGAGGAGGUGGCCCGGCUGGCGGCCGAGAAGGAGGCGCUGGAGAGGGUGGCGGAGGAAGGCCAGCAGCAGAACGAGAGCCGCACGGCCUGGGACCUGUGGAGCACCCUGUGCAUGAUCCUCUUCCUGGUGAUCGAGGUGUGGCGGCAGGACCACCAGGACGCGCCUUCACCCGAGUGCCCGGGCGGGGACGAGGACGAGCUGCCCGGCCUGGAGGGUGCCCCGCUCCGGGGCCUCACCCUGCCCAACAAGGGCACGCUCGACCACUUCUAUGAGCGCUGCAUCCGGGGGGCCACGGCCGAUGCGGCCCGCACCCGGGAGUUUGUGGAAGGCUUUGUGGAUGACCUGCUGGAGGCCCUGAGGAGCCUCUGCAACCGCGACACGGACAUGGAGGUGGAGGACUUCAUUGGCGUGGACAGCAUGUAUGAGAACUGGCAGGUGGACAGGCCGCUGCUGUGCGACCUCUUCGUGCCCUUCAUGCCCCCCGAGCCCUACCACUUCCACGCAGAGCUCUGCUGCUCCCGCCACCCCGUGCCCUUGGAUCGCCAGGGCUACGGCCGGAUCAAGGUGGUCCGGGCCGACGAGGAUCCCCUGGGCUGCAUCUGCGACAAGACCAAGCUCGGGGAAGACAUGCUGUGUCUCCUCCACGGCAAGAAGAGCCUGGCGCGGCCGGGCAGCGAGGUGGAAACCCUGCUGUGUUCCAGAGGCGCCCCAUACCUGGACGCGAUGCAGGUCAUGAAGUGGUUCCAGACGGCCCUCACCAGAGCCUGGCACCGCAUUGCCCACAAAUACGAGUUCGACCUGGCAUUUGGUCAGCUGGACUCCCCUGGGUCCCUCAAGAUCAGGUUCCGCUCAGGGAAGUUCAUGCCCUUCAACCUGAUUCCUGUGAUCCAGUGUGACGACUCGGACCUGUACUUUGUCUCACACCUUCCCAGGGAGCCCUCUGGGGACGCCCCGGCAUCCAGCACUGACUGGCUCCUCUCCUUUGCCGUCUACGAGCGACAGUUCCUCAGGAUGACGUCGAAGGCGCUGCCUGAGGGUGCCUGUCACCUCAGCUGCUUGCAGAUCGCCUCCUUCCUGCUGUCCAAGCAGAGCCGCCUGACUGGCCCCAGUGGGCUCAGCAACUACCACCUCAAGACAGCCCUCCUGCACCUGCUGGUCUCCCGGCGGCCCGCCGACUGGGAGGCCGGGCAGCUCGAUGCUCGCCUGCACGAGCUGCUCCGAUUCCUGGAGAAGAGCCUGCUGGAGAAGAAGCUCCAUCACUUCUUCAUUGGCAACCGCAAGGUGCCCAAUGCCAUGGGACUCCCUGAGGCCGUUCGCAGGGCCGAGCCUCUCAACCUCUUCCGGCCCUUCGUCCUGCAGCGAAGUCUCUACCGGAAGACGGUGGACUCCUUCUAUGAGAUGCUGAAGAACGCCCCAGUGCUCAUUAGCGAGUAUUCCCUACAUAUCCCCUCAGACCAUGCCAGCCUGCCCCCAAAAGCUGUUGUCUUGUAAAGUGUCCAGGACCCAGAGGCCCAGGGUGCAGGACACCCCACAUGUCCACACCUCUGGGGGUGUCUACAGGGCCUGUCCUGGGAAAACAGUGGGCUUUGUUGGGAGCCUCACCCCACCAGGAAAUCCAGGCCCUACAGCCCGGAGGAAAGAAUCCCACACCGGAAGCUGGUUUGCUUUCAUGCCAACUGGGGCCUACUGGUGAGGUUACGGUCUGGGUUUGGUGGACGCCCUGCAGCUUACUUUUGGAUCACCACAAAUGGCCAAGAGGAUGAUGAAGUACUCCAGGGACACUAAGUUAAAGACAACACAAACAUCGAUUUGAGUGCAGAUUUUUCCUCCUAGGUCCAGUCUUUACUUGGAUAUCAAUAGACGAUCUCUAGGAGGGCUGACAGGGUAGUAUGUUAAGACCCUGCACCCUGUUUCCAGUUACUCUUGGCCCCGGCCAUCUGCACUCAAGGCACUAACAGGGACAGCCGUGGGAAUUUGCAACCUUCUGUCCACAGCCUGCAAAACAGGAAUCUAAUGCAGCUGCCAUUUUUUAAGCUAUUUGGAAAAAAGACCAGGUAGAGAUUUGAGGCCCCAAGAGGCCAGUGUCUCUGUUGCACAGAAGUGGGUACUUGGUGGCAGAGAGAAGUUUCAUGUGGCCGCUUUUUCAGCUACACAUCUCAGGGUGCACCCCCUCACCCUACCCCUUCCCCCAGUGUGCUGAACUCUGUGGGUGCCACACACCGUGCAGGGUACAAGCUCCACGGCCCCUCACCCCUCUGUAUUCUCUCCACAGCUGGUCUCCACGUGGUGGGGGAGGGCAGAUACCGAAGGUGGAAGCUCCAAGAGACACAGGGUGAGUGGGAUAAAGGAUAGCACCUACACCCAGGGUACUCUGGUCUGGUUCACAGCCUGGCCUCUGAUGCCCGGUUUAGAGAAAGUUGCAGAGCUGAGAAGUGACAGAUGCUGUAGCCCUGAGUUUUCUUCAGCAGGGUCUCGGUCCCAAAGCAGGAGUGCCUGGAGGCCAGGGGAGACCAGCUCCAUCUGUUGGCCCCAAGACUUGCUCUCUCUAGUGGGGCUCCCUCACUGCACAGAACCCUCUUUUCUGGAAGGGGCCUUGCCAGCCACACAGAUGACCAAGACCCGGAGAGGCUCAGCUGACUGGGAGCACACAGGGACGGUAGUGCAGACCCAGCCCCCAGACCCCAGAGAGGUCACCUCAGUGCAGCCAGGGGCCCCGGUCACUGGACAGGUGCCAGAGCCUGUGGUGGGCGCUGGCCUGUCUCCAGGCCUGUUUAGGGGGGUUGGGAAGCCACUCCUCCUCCACUUGUGGCUUCACUGGCCCUUUGGGAGUUCCUCUCAUGGCAUUGCCUCAGUAACCCUUACAGCAAGCCGAGGGGGAGGCAAGAAUGAGGGCGCCUGCACCAGCACCUGGGUUCCCCUCCAGGGUUUAAGCCGGCCAUGCCUGCUGAACAGCCUACCCGGUCCACCAGGCUGUCAGGCUCACCAUGAGCUGCAGAGGAUCCUGUCCUGACCCCAGAGGUCGUCUCACCUGGCCCCAGGGGCUCUGGAAGAUGGACAACCGGUUUGCCUGCCAGGGUUUACUCGCAGCAGGCUGGGCUGUGAUGGAACACUGAAACCUGUAGGAACCCUUCCGUGUGAGCCAGAGUCAGACUGCACAGACUGGCCGCUGGGGCUGUAGGGAAGGGGCGUGCCCACGUGGCCCCCAACAGUAGCCCCAGGCCCCCCAUUCAGUUGGGACUUGUUUCCAGAGUCGGGUUGAAUUUCCAUAUUUAUUAUUGCCCGUGCCUUGCAUUCCCCCCUCCUUCAUCCGUAUCUUAUUGUGCUUGGAGGAGACCCCACAGCCAGGAACCAGCCUCCAGAAGCCAGGACCAAGCCUGAACCUCCCUUGGCUCCCAGAAGAAAGUUCACUGAAAAAUAACCUCUGGCCUCUUGUUUAUUCAGAGAUGCCAACUCAGCGGGGAAAUGGGGGUCUUUAUGCAGCAAAGCUGCUUCUGAAACAGAGAGCAGCAGGGCUCUUGGUGUUUCAUGCUGCCUUAUUUAUAUUAAAGGAAGAAUUAAAUUCUUACAAGAAGUAGAAA